AUGAACAGCAAGGAUGGGCCUACACCUACCCAGCGCUCCUACGAUAACGACAACAACCAAAACAUCCACGACGGCGAUUCGUACAUUCAGCAAAGCAUCGAACAACCCAAUCCGCCAACCGCUACCAUCGUAAACGCUGCGACCUCGGGUCCCUAUAUGAUAUACAUCGUGACCGAUACUUGCUAUCCGACCGCCUCGAGCUUUCAUGAUAACAUCGGCACCGCGCACAUCACUUCGGUGCAUUCCACAAAGGCAGCAGCCAAUAGCCGAGCCAAGAAGAUUAUCUACGAGAACGAUGGCGACUGCACGGUUGACCUUGAUAAGAUUAUCGAGGAGGUGAAACAGGGCUUGUACAUUGGGAUUGGGGUCGGUGGUAAAGAAGAAUCGAACGGCUGUUGUUAUGCGAGGAAGUGCGAGGUGGAAGGCAAGAUUGUGGACGAAGACAGCGACAGCGAGGAGACAAGUGGGGAGAGUGGCGACAGUGAUCUUGUGGAUGGUAUGGGAGAGCAAGACGCUGACGUGGAGAUGGGUUGA